CUAUCUGUGAUCAGAGAUGGCGGGCGCCUCCGACCCCCUGGAAGAUAUGCUCUUUUCAGAGGUGGAUGAAAAAGCUGUGAGCGACUUAGUGGGCUCAUUGGAGUCACAGCUUUCUGGACAAAGCAACCCAGCUGGUAAAGCAGACGAAAACGGAGGCGCUGGCUCUGUGGCCCCCGCUAACCAUCACUUAGGAAAAACGCUACCAGCUCCAGUGAGCACCACAACACUAGAACAACAACAACAACAAGGACGGCGUAAUAAACCUGAGAUGCGCCAGGAGAUCAACUCUAAAGACGUUAGCCCGGAUAAGACUGUCACCUCUCCUUCACUGGGCUGCAGCCCUUCUGUUGGCGAGCCUUCCGCCACUUCGGGUGCCUGUGUGAACGCCACUAGCAGCGGCUCGCAAUCACAUGGAGCAUCCAUCACAACACUGACUGCAUCUGGUGUGUCAACUUUGGCAUCUCCGCCGCCAGUCAGCAUCAGCACCACCGCAUCCAGCCGAGUCUCUAAGGUUACCCCGGGCACAGGUGAGACGUCGACGGGAGCACCCCCGCCGAGAAAACGCAUAACGACGCCGCGGAGAAGCGCUUCGGCGCGAAUAAAGAGUUUGAACGGCGCAGCUGUAACGACGCGGAGAAAUAGCAACACGGCGGUGAUCGAAAACGUUAGCUCUGUGGAUACAAGUGCAAGUACACCAAACUCUGACCGACCGGUCACAACCUCUAUUAACACUUCGACUUUCACCUUAUCCAACGCUAACCUGCCUGCGGGUCAGUCGGCUAUUGCUCUCGACAGGGGGACUCCUACUAUUGCUUUGCAUAGACUCCCGAGUCAUAUUGUAGCCAGUAUAGCCCAGAACGGCAACGGGACCAGUGUUUCGGCCUUGGUCCAACAGGGUGCUCCUAUAGGACCCGUUACCUCUUCAGCUUCCCCGGGGAACCAAGCCAAAACAGACACUGGGGCUUCCAAAACAGACGAUUGUCAGUCCAAAAUUGUAAUGUCAACCCAGUCUGGCAGUGUCAACUCUGUAAUAAACACUGUUUCCUCUGCUUCUCCUUCUCCUUCGUCUUCUGUUGUUACACCACCAACAACUACUACAGCAGCAGCUACAACAACUACAACAAUAACUCAGCCUCUCAGCUCCAUUACAACUGCUGUGUGUGUUACAGGGAUGGCAGCUAAUUCAGUAUGUGGAGCUGGUCAGACCACGUCAGUGACUAACACUAUUACUAUGGUCAGGCCGACAGCUCCCUCUCCGACACCUGCUGUGGCCACAUCUGCACAGUCGCAACCCCGUCCUGGACUUACAGCACCACAAAGGAUUGUAGCCCCUCAGCUGAUUGUCAGACCACCUCAGCAGCAGGCCACCAUUCAGCUGCCCCCUGGGUUCACCAUCCCACCAGGGAUGGUGUUGGUGCGCACAGAGUUAGGACAGCUGGUAAUGGUUCCUCAGCAGGCUUUGGCUCAAGCUCAAGCUCAAGCCCAGGCCCAGGCCCAGAACAACAUUUCUCCACGACCUGCUACCCCCACCACAGGGACAUCCUUUAGAGUAACCUCUCCACAGAAGGGCCCUGUGGCACCGGUCGUGGCUGUGACGGCUCCGCAGCAGACCCCCGUGGUUUUGCCUCCCCAGGCCCCGGCCCAGCCUACCUCCCAGCCAGUGCAGCCUGCACAGCCGGGCAUCACCGCGGCCCCUGGAGCUCCUGUCGUGUCCCAGGAAAUGCAAGAGAAUGUUAAGAAGUGUAAGAAUUUCCUGGCCACACUUAUCAAGCUGGCAUCUCACAAUUCUCCGUCCCCUGAGACGUCUAAGAACGUCAAGGCUCUGGUUCAGGACCUGCUGGAUGCUAAGAUCGAACCCGAAGAGUUCACAAGCCGGCUUCAGACAGAGCUCAAGUCAUCGCCGCAGCCUUACCUGGUACCCUUUCUCAAGAAGAGCCUCCCAGCCCUGAGGCUGUCUUUGCUGAAUAGUCAGCAGUCUCUGACCCAGCCCCCGCAGCAGGGAGUAAAACCAGCACCCUGCGGUACCCCUCCUGCCAUCAUCGCUGGGCCAGCUGUCCGCAUACGCCAACCUAACAGUGUCAGCACCACUACGGGUGCCAGUGCACUGCCCGCUGGGACGCUCGGACAUGCAGCUGCAAUGGGUGUCAAGACAGGAGGCGCUGUCGGUGGCCAGGUCCGGAUGCCCGUGGUGAUUACGCAGUCCAUCAGAGCGCAAGGCACAAUGGGAAAGGGAGCCAUCAUCCAAGCAGGCAAAAGUCCCAUGGGCCUGCCUGUUCAGAUCACUGGGAAUCAGAAAAACAAGCUCAAUGACCCUGGAGGAGGCUCUUUCAGAGACGAUGAUGACAUCAAUGAUGUGGCCUCUAUGGCUGGGGUGAACUUGAACGAGGAAAGUGCCAGAAUACUCGCCACCAACUCUGAGCUUGUGGGAACGCAGAUCCGCUCGUGUAAAGACGAGGCCUUUCUUCAUCCGGGGCUGCUACACCGACGAAUUCAAGAAACAGCUAAAAAGUUUGGAAUUACGGAGGUUCCCAUGGAGACAGUGACAUUCAUCUCACACGCCACACAGUCACGGCUUCGGACUGUAGUAGAAAAAGUUUCUACAAUCGCACAGCACCGACUGGACUCCUGUAAGGACGAUGAGUGCUACGAGCAGUCUGCAGACGUUCGCUCUCAGCUUCGCUUCUUUGAGCAGCUGGAGAGAAUCGAGAAGCAGCGGAAGGACGAGCAGGAGAGGGAAAUCCUUUUGAAAGCCGCUAAAAGUCGCUCCAGGCAAGAAGACCCAGAGCAAGCUCGACUGAAACAGAAAGCUAAGGAGAUGCAGCAACAGGAACUGGCCCAGAUGAGGCAGCGGGAUGCCAACCUUACAGCACUAGCCGCCAUUGGACCCCGAAAAAAACGUAAAGUGGAUUCACCGGGGGCCACACCAUCAGGGACCGAGAUUUCCGGCAGUACGGCGGGCUCCCCGGCCAGCUCAUCCGCUCCAUCCACCUCAUCACGCCAGUAUACACGGCAGCGCAUCACUCGUGUCAACCUCAGGGACUUAAUUUUCUACAUGGAGCAGGAGAGAGAGACCGCCCACUCGCUCCUCCUUUAUCGUGCUCUGCUCAAGUAGCCUCUGCUCCGCUCAGCGCCCACCUCAACCUCCUCCUCCUCUUUCCCAGCCACGUGCCUUCAGAUCAGGUCUAAUGUUUCAGCUCUGUGUCUCCAUAUGUAUUGUAAUGUAAUGUUUGAUGUAGCUUUUAAUAACAAGAAAGUGAGAGAGCUAUAGAGUGGGGAAAAAAAAAUAUAAAAAUAAAACUGUUGUUCCGUGUCUUCUCCUUUAGCUUCACAGUGUGUAGUUAGAACAUUCACUUUAAGGGCCACAUCAUAUCCUGUUGCUGAAGUUGGAUUUGCCAGAAGAAUGAUGUGUUUGCGUCAUAGGACUUGACCAAGACCUUCUUCCAUGUAUACUGGGUAGCUCUUUGUUUGACGUUCUUGGCAGAAGCUUCAGUGAAUCACCUUAAAGUAGGAAUUAUUUUGGCUAAGAGAAUUAUAAUCACACAUUGAUACAGCCUACAAUAUUAUCCAUGAGUUAUUUGUUGAACACAGUUCAAUGAAUGUAGUCUAGCUGAACUAAUAAACGAGACUUGACAGAUUUCUAGACCAACACAUAAUUCUGAGACAUCCAGAUUCCAAAUAACAGCAUUACGUUCAGUUUCCUUACUGUAUGUGUAAAUAGUUCUUUUAGAAUUAUUUUACAGCAUGUAUAUUUUUAUCACAUGUAAGCUUUGUAAGAAAAGGAAUAAUCCAUGUGUCAAUAUUAUAAAACCUGAUGUUUUGUACAACCACGUGCUUUGAAAGAGUCCAAUUUAGACAGUUUAUUCUGUAGAGUAUUGUUACAAAGGGGACUCCUCUCAAGCCUUCUUGAAAGGUCAUUUAACAAAUUCACAGUCGCACUAUGUGACGCCAGUUUCUGACUGGUUACCCUUGUUGAGUGAGUCAGUAUUUUUUUAAACAUAUAAUGUGAACAUUGUUUUUAUGACUAGCAGUUGGUAAUUUGUGUCUUACGGUAUCAUGCCCACAUGAAUGGUUUAAGAAGGUAAAUUUUGCUGUAAUUCUAGGUGCUUCAGUGGCAUGGAAGAGCGAAAACAGACAUUCCUCUAUCUUCCACUGUCAUUGUUCUUUCUGCACAUCACUGAUGUUUGAUAAAAAAAAAAAAACACUUGUGAACUAUUUUCAAAGCCACUCACACUCUCACUUUGAUAAUGACUGAAAGUUAAUCCAUAAAAUGUUUCAGUGCACAACAUUUAUAUUUGUGUCCAUUUUGAUCCCAAAAAUAUCACAGCAAGAAGAUAAUGUUAAACUGAAGGAAGCGGCUCUGUAAUUCCAGCCUAAAACUCCUUAUUUUUUUUUUCCCCCCAUUUUUUUUUUUUGCCCUAUACAACUGAUUGAAGAACACUAUUUGAACAGAAAAUUAUUUUUUACAUGUCUUCUUGUAUUUUCACCUUAUUAUUUUCAUCCUGCCUCCCAUUCCUUAUCAUAUUAUGUAACGUCAGUCGUUAUGUUUUUUUGUUUUCUCUAUUUAACUAAAUAUCUUGGCCUCUAUGCAGCUUUUCUUGUCAUAUUGAAAUUUAUUUAAAUAUGAGUGACAUUUGAAACAGUUGUGCAUUGUAAAUUUUGACGGCACUUUUUUGAUAUCUAUUUUAUCUGACAACUGAAAGCUGUCAUUGUAUUAUAGCAGAGAAACAGUAUUUGCCACUUUCUGUCAAAAGACACUUAUUUUUUAACAAUUAAUAUAUUUCUUCUGUUCUGCUUUUUUUUUCUUGUUUUUUUUUUAAAUUGGCUUUUAUGCUUAACACAUUUUCAUAAACUUUAUCUCUAAAAUGCCAUGUUUUAAAAACAAGCACAAUAGUACCUAUUGUAGUGAUUUCAGAUGAUUUUAUUAAUUAUUUCUAUGGUUUCCGGUCGUUUCACAGGAGGGCAUUUCUACUGCUACUGCUACUACUCCUACUACUACUACUACUACAGCUUUUUAGCCAAAACAUUAGGACAAUAUUCCUGUGUGAACAGAUGGAGGAAACAACAUUUCAAUGUAAGGAUGAUUUGUAAAUAUUGUUUACAAAACUAUGUGUUUAUUAGAACCACGUUAUUUUUGGUAAACUCUUGUAUAUAUCUUGAAAAUUUCCUGUUUGUGUGAAAAAAAACAAUACUUAUGUAUUUG